AUGUGUAUAGCACAUUCGUUUCUAAUAUCAUGCACGUUCCUCUCCUUGUCUCUAGCCAAACCACUCAAUGAUGUUUUUGAUUCAAAUAUUAAAUUGGAUAAUGUACAUCUAAAUGCACGAGUUAUAAAUGAUCUUUACAGUAGUACUUGCACUGACGAUGGCGCGAAGGGGGCAAAAUGUGUCCAAAAGUUUGUAGAAAAUACGCUCGAUACCGUAGUAGACAACGAUUCAUCGUCCACACUCAUUCCUGGCGGUGAAUUGGCAUUAAAAGAUGAUUCAGUAGAUGUAUCUGCAUACAAUGAGUCUGCCGAUGGAUUGUCCAAUUUACAAGUUGUUGCUAAUAAAUCCACUGAGCCACUAGAAAGUGCUGAUUCAACGGGCAUCGUUGACGAAGAGGAUGAUGUGAUUGUUGAAGUGCUAAAUGGUAAAAUUAAUGGGAAGAAGAUCAUUGGGUCGGUAGAAUUGGACGAACUGUUGGAUUUAGGCGGUAAAAAAUUUAAAAUACCCAUUUAUGGUACCUUACACGACUUUGCAUACUACUUCAUUAAAAUAUUUAUUGGAACGCCACCAAGUGUUCAAUGGGUCGUUUUAGACACAGGAUCAAGUCUUUUGGGAAUAACAUGCGGUAAUUGUAUACAAUGUGGAAACCAUCAAAAUCCUAAUUAUGAACCGUACGAAUCUGCCACAGCAAUUAAGUGUACGGACGUUAAUCAGUGUAAAUUAAAGGGAUGUGAUGAGUGUAGGUUUAUGCAACACUACUCAGAAGGUUCAUUUAUCUCUGGCGAUUAUUAUACUGAUGUCAUUUCAUUUGACAAAUCAUCUCCGGGAUAUAAAUUUAACAAUCUGGGUUGCGUGCUGUAUGAGAAUAAAUUGAUAUACAAUCAACGAGCCAAUGGAAUAUUUGGUAUGUCACCUAAUGAUGAUUCUAUUAUAUCGCAACUAUUUAAACGCCCGGAGAUAGAUAACAUAUUUAGUAUUUGCCUGUCUGAUGAAGGGGGCGAAUUGAUUAUUGGAGGCAUAGAACCCGAGUUAUUUAAUAUUAAAAACAACAGCGAAAUGGCCUGGACCAGACUAAACACCGACAAUAACUAUUAUAUACAUAUAAAUAGCAUGUCAUAUUUAUCAGAUCAUGUAGAAAUCACGAAUACAAAAUUUUCAAUCGACUCUGGUACCACCAAUACCGUUUUGAUGGAAAAAAUGUAUAAAUCCAUUGUAAAUGGAGUGAUGAACAUUUGUUUCAUGGAUAGAGAGAUAGAGGGAUAUGAUUUGGACAUAGGGGUUACGGUUAUACAAAAAAAACCCGAUGAUAUUGUGGAUCUGAUGAUAGAAAGGGAAGAGAAUGUCACCAAAUGCGAGAUACACGAUGAUGAAAUUUGUUCCAGAAACAUUGACAAAUUCCCACCACUAGACUUUACGCUAGAGGGGGGUAACAUACUGACUAUUAACCCGGAUACCUACUUUUUUAAACGCAAUAGUUGGUGGUGUUUGGGCGUGGAGAAGAGCAAAGAUGGUGAAAAUAUUUUUGGUGCAAAUUUUUUCAGGAACAAACAACUUAUAUUUACAUCUGACAAAUUAGGUUUUGUUCCAUCCAAUUGUACAUCCCACAGCAUCAACAUUUAA